CCGGCGCAGGCACCGCUCGGGGCUCCGGUAUCGCUCGGGGCUCCGGUUCCGCGGCCCGGCCCGGCUCGGCAGGGCUCCGGUACCGCGGGCGCUGUCCGGGGCCGCCCAUGCGGCCGGGGGGCGAUGUGGGCGGCGCGGAGCCGGCGGUAGUGCCCGCACCGGGCCCCCCCGGGAGCAUGGGCUGCAUCGGCUCCAAAACCACCAUCGUGGCCGUGGACACGACGCUGUGUGUGGAGUGGAAGGAGGUGAAGGCGCUGUCGCCCCUGAGCGUUGCCCGCCCGCUGCCCCGGCUGGUGCGCCAGGCCUCCUUCGACAGCCAGGACUUCCUCCAGGUCAAUGUUGAGGACACUGUCGAAAUGCUGCCCAAGUCACGGCGCGCGCUGACCAUCCAGGAGAUCGCUGCCCUGGCCCGCUCCUCGCUGCACGGCAUCUCACAGGUGGUGAAGGAGCACGUGACAAAGCCAACGGCCAUGGCGCAGGGCCGUGUUGCCCACCUCAUCGAGUGGAAGGGCUGGUGUAAGCCAGUGGAGUCACCUUCUGCCCUGGAGAGCGCCUUCAGCUCCUACUGCCACCUGAGCGAGGGCGAGCAGGAGGCACGAUUCGCUGCCGGUGUGGCAGAGCAGUUUGCCAUCGCUGAGGCCAAGCUGCGAGCCUGGUCCUCCGUGGAUGGGGACGACUCCAAUGACGAGUCCUACGAUGAGGACUUCAUGCCCUCCACAGAGAGCUCCCAGCCCACUGAGCUGACAGGCACGAUGCCCGCCAGCGUGCUGCUGCGAGACCUGCUGCAGGGCCACCUGUGCCAACUGGGCGUGCGGCAUGGCUCCUGCGAGCCCGAGAGCGACUCCUCGCACACCCUGUCCCCUGAGACUCUCUGCUCCAGCCUCUGCAGCCUGGAGAUGGUGUCCCCCUCCGAACUCACUGCCAAACUGCUGGGCUCCCUGGGGGGUGAGGACCUGCUGCUGCCCAAGCUGCCGCCCCCAGCCAGCCAAAGUGCCUUGCGGGGCCUGGCACGGCUCCGGUGCCAGGACUCCCUCUACUCCGUGUCCUACGCCGAAGCCUGUCUCUCGCCCACGGAGGACGAGGUGGUGCUGAGCAAGGACUUCCCGCUCCGCCGGAAAAUCUCUGACGUCGCCUCCUCCGGGGUGGCAUCGCUGGAGGAGGAGGAGGAGGCCGAAGAGCCCUGAUGGCUCCUGGGGUGCCCUGCCCCUCCUGGUGGGGGUCCAGGCCCCCUGCCAAAGCCCUCUGGCCAGACCCCACGCUGGGUGAGGGACAGGCCCUGCCGCUGCUCCCCCUCGCUAUCCGGGUGCAGGAGGGGUCUGGAGGCCACUGCAGCCCCCCCAGCCAGUGUGCCCCCACUGUGUCCCGCCCUGCUCGGCCACAUCGUUGACCUCCUGGAUUUUUGCAUGAGAGCAGGGAAGGGGCACAGGGAAGGGCUUGGGGGCAGGGUCUGUCCUCUGCCCUGAUGCCCAGAUGUGCCCCCAAAAACUGACAAGACUAACUAAGUGGGGCUGGUUGUUCGCAUGUUCUCCUCCAAACCAUCCUGGGCUCCCCUUUUGGGCACAGUUCCCUCUCCCCCAGUGGCAUGGCUGAAACUCUCAAAUCAACCUGUGGCGCCUCUACUACCCCUCGCCAGGGUGGUGGUGGGGGUUUCGGUGUGGGAAGGGCUUUUCUCCUCUCUCCUUGGCCAACUUUUAUUGGACCGAGUUUAAAACUGUGAACUGCUGCCUUGGA